AUGAUGACCAACGACACAAGAAGAUUGAUUCAGCGGUUCUCCAAAUAUCAAGGACUUGCAGUUGUACUUGAUGAGGAGGAGGAUGCUCUAUUCAGGGCGAGUCCAGCCGCUUUCAAAGUGUCUAAGACUGCCUCUGAGAAUAACCAGAUUUCUCAGAUUGAGAGUGUUUCUCCAAAGGACACUUCCUCUGGGAAUGACGGUGUCUCUGUGGUAGUGUUCCUACAUGAGAGUGAUGGUGUCUCUAAGACGUUUCUUUGCUCUGAGACUGACACCUCCUCUCCGACAAACCGUGUCUCUGUGAUGGACACCUUAUCUGAGAUUGACUCGGUCUCUCAGAUUGAAGGUGUUGCUCCAGUGGACACUUUCUCUGAGACUGAUGAUGUCUCUCCAACUGAUGGUGUUCCUCCAAUGGACACCUUUUAUGAAACUGAUGCUGUCUCUCAGAUUGCUGGUGUGCCUUCAACGGACACUGUCUCUGAGAUUGACGCUGUCUCUCAGAUUGAUAGAGUUCCUGUGAUGGACACGUUCUCUGAGAUUGACUCUGUCACGCAUUACAAUCAAUACCCACCCAACACAAGUAAGAUGUACUCUUACUUCGAGUGCCGCAAGAUGAAGGCCGACCCUACAAACACAAGAAGACUGGUUCAGCGUUUCUCUAAAUAUCAGGACUUGCAGUUGUUCCUUGAUGAGGAAGAAGAUGGCUAUAUUCAGAGCGAGUCCAGCUUUCAAAGGUUUGGAAUUUUUCAAUUUUUGGACACUUCCUCUGGGAAUGAUGGUGUCUCUGUGGUAGUUUUCCUACAUGAGAGUGAUGGUGUCUCUAAGACGUUUCUUUGCUCUGAGACUGACAUCUCCUCUCCCACAAACCGUGUCUCUGUGAUGGACACCUUCUCUGAGAUUGACUCGGUCUCUCAGAUUGAAGGUGUUGCUCCAGUGGACACUUUCUCUGAGACUGAUGAUGUCUCUCCAACUGAUGGUGUUCCUCCAAUGGACACCUUUUAUGAAACUGAUGCUGUCUCUCAGAUUGCUGGUGUGCCUUCAACGGACACUGUCUCUGAGAUUGACGCUGUCUCUCAGAUUGAUAGAGUUCCUGUGAUGGACACUUUCUCUGAGACUGAGGCUGACGCUGUCUCUCAGAUUGAUAGAGUUCCUAUUAUGGACACGUUCUCUGAGAUUGACUCUGUCAUGCAUUACAAUCAAUACCCACCCAACACAAGUAAGAUGUACUCUUACUUCGAGUGCCGCAAGAUGAAGGCCGACCCUACAAACACAAGAAGACUGGUUCAGCGUUUCUCUAAAUAUCAAGGACUUGCAGUUGUUCUUGAUGACGAAGAAGAGGCUAUAUUCAGGGCGAGUCCAGCUUUCAAAGGACACUUUUCUGAGAUUGACACUGUCUCUCAGAUUGAUAGAGUUCCUGUGUUGGACACUUUCUCUGAGACUGAUGACAUCUCUCCGGCUAGCUCUGCUUCAGAGGACUCCAGCCGCCAAACAGGAGAGAUAAAGCAUAAAGAAGAUGCUGACUUUAACUUCUUGUUAGCCACUGACUCCUACAAGGUGACACAUUACAACCAAUACCCGCCCAACACUAGUAAGAUGUACUCUUACUUCGAGUGCCGUGAGAAGAAGGCCAACCCCAACAAACCCAGGAAAAUCAGAUAUGACACAACGGUCUUCUACGGGCUGCAGUAUGUUCUCCACAAGUACUUGAAAGGACAGGUCGUCACUCUGGAGAAGAUUCAGGAAGCAAAGGAAGUGUACCGGGAACACUUUCAUGACGACAUGUUCAAUGAGAAAGGUUGGAAUUACAUUCUGGAGAAGUACAACGGCCAUCUGCCCAUCGAGAUCAAGGCUGUGCCAGAGGGAAGUGUAAUCCCACGUGGAAAUGUGCUGUUCACUGUGGAAAACACAGACGAUGAGUGCUACUGGCUGACUAACUGGAUAGAGACGAUUCUUCUGCAGAUCUGGUAUCCUAUCACUGUCGCUACCAACUCGCGAGAGCAAAAGAAGAUUCUGGCCAAAUAUCUGAUGGAAACCUCUGGAAGCCUGGACGGGCUUGAAUGUAAGCUGCAUGAUUUCGGCUACAGAGGAGUUUCAUCUCAAGAAACAGCUGGAAUUGGUGGAUCUGCACACUUGGUGAACUUCAGAGGAACAGACACUGUGGCUGGGAUCAGCCUCAUCAAGAAAUAUUACGGCACUAAAGAGCCAGUUGCUGGUUUCUCUGUGCCAGCCGCAGAGCACAGCACCAUCACAGCCUGGGGAAAGGACCACGAGAAGGACGCUUUCGAACACAUUGUCAAGAUGUUCCCAUCCGUCCCUGUAUCUGUGGUCAGCGACAGCUAUGACAUCUAUAACGCCUGUGAGAAGAUCUGGGGUGAAGAACUAAGGGCUCUGGUGGAGAUGCGUAGUGCAGACGCCCCGUUGGUGGUCCGACCCGAUUCAGGAGACCCUCUAGAAACAGUGCUGAAGGUGCUCGAGAUCCUAGGAGAGAAGUUCCCUCCGCUUGAGAACUCCAAAGGCUAUAAGGUGCUGCCCCCCUACAUCAGAGUCAUCCAGGGGGAUGGCAUCGACAUAGACUCUUUACAGGACAUUUUGGAGGGCAUAAAAAAGCAAGGAUGGAGCAUUGAGAACAUCGGCUUUGGUUCUGGAGGAGCUUUGCUGCAGAAACUGAACCGAGAUCUGCUCAGCUGCUGCUAUAAGUGCAGUUAUGCGGUGACCAACGGAGUGCCCAUAAACGUCUUUAAAGACCCCAUUGCAGACCCCACUAAAAAGUCAAAGAAAGGCCGGCUUUCCCUUCACAGGACACCCAGCGGAGGUCUGGUGACACUGGAAGAGGGAAGUGGCAGUCUGGAGGAGUACGGAGAGGACUUGCUCCAGACUGUGUUUAGGAAUGGGAAGAUCAUAAAGACGUACACCUUUGAUGAGGUCAGAGAAAAUGCGGAGCUGAAGGAGAGUGAAUUGUGUCCCUCUGAGCAGCUCCCAGCAUCCCCUUCUUCACCACACUGCUCACAGACCAGAGCACAAACACAACAUGCAUAA